AUGCAUUGUACCCGAGCCUCAGCACUUACGGUCAGCAGUUACGCAGCUGCUCAGCACGGAUUAUCCGGACCCAUUUGGUAUUUAUUUGGCGCAGCGACGCCCUUAAUCAUAAUGGGAAUUUUGGUCACUCAAUACAAAUCCAGGGCGCCAGGUGGUGGAACUUUUCCACAAUUGUUGCUCGCUCGUUUUGGAAAGCGAGUUCAUUUACUCUUCUGUUGUCUCACAAUUGUCAACAACAUGGCGAUUAUUUCUGAUGUAGUUGACAAUGGAUGCAAAAUUUACUCAGCAAUCUCGGCUGAUGUGACAUUUGAACUGGCAUGGAUUGUAACGGUGAUCGCAGCGUAUAUAUGUGCAACCGUUGGAACAGUUAAGCACCUCAUUCCAUUCAGCUACACGAUGUUCAUCUACUUUCAGCUUGUCACUGUAGUCAUUGCUGUCAAAGUAUUUAUGUUUGACCCAACAAACACCAUCGGAUCAUUUGACAAGGUCUACAACGCUGCAGUUCGCACUGAUAGUGAUAUUACGGAACCAUCCUCAGGACAUCUUACUAUGAGAAGCUACUUGGCAAUGAAGCUGGGCAUAAGCAGACUGUUGGUUAAAACAUGUGAGGUGGUUUUUGACCAAUCAAUAUGGGAUACAUAUGCUUGCUUUGUGCCAGGAGAAGAAGGUUGGGGCACAUUGUUAGCAAUAUUGAUUUGGUGCCCGUUUCCUCUCGUAUUCGGUAUGGGUUUUGGAUUCGGAAGUCUAUUAUUUCAAACGUCUACCAACUAUACCUCCCUUGAGACGGCAUCAAUGGUGGAUGUUGCAAAAUCCCUAAUGGGCGAAAAUGGUCUCUUUGUUCUCUUCUCCCUUUACGCGUUUACGGUAACUACGGGGACAACUCUAAAAACACUUUCGAUUACAAAAGUGUUAACAAUGGAUUUUUACGCCGUUCAUUUGAGGCCCUUCAGAGUUUGUUAUGAUGUCAAUUGCUGUACAUUCUGCGGUAAAUCUAAAGACGAUCAAACUCGACCAAAAGAUACCUGCCAAUGUAGCGAUCCCGCAGAAUGUAUACACUGUCAGGAAGAUACAAAAGCUGAAAAAGCUGGGCAUCAGGAUUAUAAAAUCAGCUGUCCUGUGCACAGUCUUUAUUUAAAAUACAACAAGGCCUUGAGGAAUAUUCACAGAACCUCAGUGCUUUUGGUGCUUUGUGGCAUUGUUCCAGUGGGACUUAUCAUAAAUUACUUUGGGGCAACUUAUGACAAAUUUACUUUGAAGGCUUCAUUGUCAAUUUUGACAAAAUUUGUAAUAUUUGGGUUGAUCUUCAAUGAAGUACCGAAGAGCUGCAAUAUCGGAGCAUUGGGUAGCUUUAUCUUGGCUCUGUACUGGGAGAAGUUAACAGAACCUGCCGUUUUUAUUGGAACGUUGACAAGUUCUCUUCUUGCAAUAAUAAUGUGGACAAUUCUUUACUUACUUGACUCUCAUACUUCGUUCAAAAUGGGUGAAGACGUAAUUAAUGUCUGUGCCUGCGGAGUUGGUCUUGUGAGUGGUUUCAUCCUGCCUGUGCUUAUAGCGUUCUUACCUUUGCGCAGUAAAUCUCACUUAGACGAUAGAAAACCUGAAUUGACUUGGCAACGCACUUUGGACCUCGGAAAUCCGGUUAAGCCUUGGACCCGAAUUUAUUCACAGGUUUUCCAGUUUCCUCUUUCAACUAUCGGGCAUAUUUCCUCGGAAGAUGUCAUGAAAGCCAUGAGACAAGUUAGGUUUUCGGCUUAUUUAGGACACGGAGUUUACUUUGGAAUUAUCAUUAGCCUAUUGAGUUUUGGAUGUAUUCCAGCCAUUUUCACUUUGGCUGACUUCAGAGCAUGGGUUAUUUUCCAAUUCGCCUGGCUUCUCUUGUCAAUUGUGGCAGCACUCGUUCUACCGAUCAUCAGUCAUUUCCUUGUGAGGAAGCGAUGGAAAAUUUCUCUGAAAAUGUCUUCACUUCCCCACUUUCUACCACCAAAAAUUACCAUAGAGACCGAAAGUCAGUGA